AUGCGGCUGCUCCCCAUUUUCUGUGGCCGUUUGCGGUCCGACCCACUCCUCUUGGUUGAGCCUGACGAGGUAGCUGUCGACUCUGGUGCUGCUGGGGGGGGUGCUACUCGGGGUGCUGCGUCUGGGGGUGCUGAGCCUGAGCGUGCGGAGCCUGGGGGCGCUGAGCCUGGGGUUGCUGAGUCUGAGGGUGCGGAGCCUUGGGGUGCCGAGCUUGAGCGUGCGGAGCCUAGAGCCUUCGGAGUGGCGCUGCUGGAGCUCUGGGGGCUGCCGCUGGAGACACUGCAGCUGGAGGCACUGGAGCUGGAGGCGCUGGAGCUACUGGUCCUGGAGGUGCUGGCAGUGCUGCUAGAGCUAGAGGUACCGGAGGUGGUGGAGCUGCUGGUCCUGGAGGUGCUCGUGGUGGAGGUACUGGAGCUGCCAGAGCUGGUGGUGCUGCUGGUACUCGAGGUGCUGGAGGUGUUGGCGGUCCUGCUGGAGCUGGAGGUGCUGGAGCUGCUGGUCCUAGAGGUUCUCGUACUGGAGCUGCUGGAGCUGGUGGUGCUGGAGGUGCUGGAGCUGUUGGAGCUGCUGGUCCCAGAGGUGCUCGUACUGGAGGUACUGGAGCUGCUGGAGCUGGUGGUGCUGCAGGCACUAGAGCUGGAGACCCUGGAGCUGCAGGUGCUGGAGCUGGAGACCUUGGAGUUGGAGGUGCUAGCACUGGGGGUGUUGGAGCUGUCGAUACUCGUGCUGGAGGCACUAUGCGGCAGCGACCGUACUUCGUUCCACUACUUCGCCAGGUUCUAA